AUGGCGUCGAUGCUUGAGGCUCUCCAACCGCAUCCAGAAGACCACCUUCACCUGCGUCUGCAUCGUGCGAGGUCUGUCGUGUUGACAAGCCAAGAACUCGUCGAGAUCCGCGCCGCCCAGCGCACCUUCGAGGGCGCGUACAUGCGCACGGCGCUAUCCCAGUUCUCCUUCGCGCUCGUCGUGCUCAAGAUCUUCACGUCCGACUUCUACCCGAUCGGCGCCCUGCUGGCCUGCUACGGCGCCGCCGUGCUGCUGGUCGCCGUCUACCGCCGCUACGAGGGCAACCGCCAGUUCUUCGACCGCGAGGAGCCCGAGUCUUCUUCUUCUUCGUCUUCUUCUGACGCGUCGGAGGAGUCUGGGUCGGUGGCGGUGGGGGAGGGUGAGGGUGGGGAGGAAAGGGAAGGGGGUGGGGAUAGGGGGAGGGCGAGGGCGAGGGGGAGGAAUUGGAAUCGGGUGAGGCAGGUGGUGGUCAAGAAGAAGUUUAGGACGAGCGGGAAUAGUGUGGGCUUGUUGGUUGGUUUGAGUUUGCGGCACCAAGCGGCAGCUUCCGGAAAACUCGAGAAGUCUUCCGCGGAAUAUGCCGACUGA